AUGGACAUGGACAGCGUGGAGUGCCUCUCCCUCCCGGACGCUGCCAUGGACGUGGACGACGUGGACGGCCACCCGCACCACGGCCACCACGGCCAUCUAGGCCUGCCGCUCCACCCCGCCCACCUCCCAUCCUCGGGUGCCGGCCGCGCGUUCCCCAAGGUGAAUGCCGGGGGCGGCGGGGCGGGCCCGGCGGGAGCGGGAGCGGCGGGGGCAACGGGCGCAGCGGGAGCAAGCGGGGGGCCGCCGGCGACCAGCGUGCACGAGCUGCUCGAGUGCCCCGUCUGCACCAACUCCAUGUUCCCGCCCAUCCAUCAGUGUCAAAAUGGACAUACUUUGUGUUCAACAUGCAAGGCCAGGGUGCACAACCGGUGCCCUACAUGCAGACAAGAGCUUGGUGAUAUCAGGUGCUUAGCAUUGGAAAAAGUAGCAGAGUCACUUGAGCUUCCUUGUAAGUACUGCUCUUUAGGUUGCCCAGAGAUCUUUCCAUACUACAGCAAGAUAAAGCAUGAAGCGCAGUGCAGCUUCAGGCCAUAUAACUGCCCCUACGCUGGCUCUGAAUGUGCUGUGGCUGGUGAUAUUCCAUUCCUUGUUGCACAUUUGAGGGAUGAUCACAAAGUUGAUAUGCACAGUGGCUGCACGUUCAACCAUAGAUACGUCAAAUCCAAUCCGCGAGAGGUUGAAAAUGCCACCUGGAUGCUAACAGUAUUCCAUUGUUUUGGGCAGUACUUCUGCCUGCACUUUGAGGCAUUCCAGCUCGGAAUGGCUCCAGUGUAUAUGGCUUUCCUCCGAUUCAUGGGUGAUGAGAAUGAAGCAAGGAACUAUACAUAUAGCCUAGAGGUUGGUGGUAAUGGGAGGAAAAUGGUAUGGGAAGGUACUCCUAGAAGCAUCCGUGACAGCCACCGCAAGGUCCGUGACAGCCAUGAUGGCCUCAUCAUCCAGAGGAAUAUGGCGCUGUUCUUCUCGGGCGGUGACAGGAAGGAGCUGAAGUUGAGGGUGACUGGGCGGAUCUGGAAAGAGCAGACCAACCCGGAUGGAGCCUGCAUUCCUAACCUUUGCAGCUGA